AUGAGUGAGACAACAAAGAUCAAGAAGGGCAAAGCGUCAGCCAAACGCAACAGCGAAGCACGCCGUGAACAAAAUCGUCUCGCCAGCCGGAACUACCGAGAGAAGCGGAAACAGAAACUAGCGCUGUUGAAUGAGCUUCUCGAGCCAAGUAGCAUAGCUAGUGAUGUUAUCGAUAAUGCUCAAAUCAAUCCCUCUCAGGGACUGAACGGUCCCAGUGACCUGCCUGAUACCCAGCUGCAAGACCAAGCAUUGCCAAAGCUACUUCAACCUGAAUCGGCAUCUAUCAACCAAAGCAUGGGAAGUUUUGACGAUACUAUACCAUAUAAUGUACCACUGUGCUACCGACUCUCUCACCAAGGUAACCCUAACAUCCUACCAUUGACCAACUUGGAUGGUAUUUUCAGCCACGCAAACCAAGACCCCUGGAGCCAUCAUAUGUUGGGUUUACCAUUCCAAUUCCAAGAUGUAUCGAAAACGACUCAUGUAGAUCCAAGGUUGGUAGAAGAGGUCUUUGAGGGAAGUCCAGAAUCAGAGCUCAGCUCCUCCCAAGCAUCGUCCAGCAACGACAGCAAUGACCAGGCCCUCAACAAUGUCCUAAGUGGUGUAGAAAAUCUCACAAUAGAACAAAAGCGCACCCUCCUUCGACGUCUACAGAAGGAUACCCAGAGCCCAGCCACAGAAACUCAUAUCCCUUGGCAUCAAACAAAACCUCCAACUCCAGGUCAGCUGCGAGCCGUUCAAUUCGCGAAAGCGCUAUACAAAACGGCACAUGCUAGACCAGAGCUUCUUCCAACGCAAUAUAACAUGGAGACAGGUAUAUUUGGGGCAAUGUUCGCAAAUUGCUAUGCUCUUGGCAUGGCAGGUGUGGAUGACAUACUCUGUGAAGAGGGAUGCAGUGUGUUUUCUGUUACGCAGGAUGAAGGGCACCAUAUGUCACAAUUGCAUAUCGUGAAGUCCAAAUUUCGAGCUCUUUCUCCUGAUCUCAGACCGAUUGAUAAACAACUGAUCGUCGGGCACCAUCCUUAUGUUGAUGUCAUUCCAUUCAAGACUUUCCGGGAGAAUCUCAUUAGAGCUCUGGAAAACGACCCUCCUAUCAUCGACGAGGGUGUCCUAUGUCAUGAUAUACUUAGUGGCGGCUUCACAUGCUGGGGCGCUGGGCGAAAUCCGCAUGGCAUGGGCGCAGGUGUACCAUGGGACUCCCGGAGUUGGGAACCCAGCGUAUGGUUCUUGAUGAAAUAUCGACAGCUAGCUGGAGACUGGGAUGGAGAGCUGUGGAAAAGUGCUAGAUGGUGGCAUAGUGCCCGAGGAGAGAGAAUGCAAACGGCACAGGUUGUGAACAAUGUAAAUGCAUCUGAAAGGACAGCGAGACGGUAG